AUGGAUAUAUUCGCAUCUGAAAAGACCGCUGAGAUAAUCGACAGGGUGCAACGGGCGUGGAGGCAAACGACAGAGUCGUGUUCUCCUCAAACAAUCGAGUUUGUUGGAACACUUAUCGUCCAAAUCCUGUUCUUCUGGGUCUUAUGCUCCAUCUACCUGUCCCUGGAUGCCUGGGCCCCGUCAUUCUCGCACCGUCAUAAACUACAACCGAUCCCGCGACAACCUUCGAAGCGAGAUAUAUUACAGUGUGCGAGGGUAGUGGCACGGAAUCAGAUAAUGUCUGCAGCAUUCCAUAUCGGCCAACUUUAUAUCGCCAGCCAUACCAGACUAAAUCCAUCAUCUUAUCGCGUUGAAUCAUCGUUCCCCCCAUUCUCCGAGAUCGCAGUGGAUCUGACUGGCUGUCUCCUCAUGCGCGAAAUCAUGUUCUACUACGUUCAUCGUAUCUUUCAUAAUCCAAAGCUUUACGGACCCAUCCACAAGCAACAUCAUCGCUUCACAGCACCUAUUGCCCUUGCAGCGCAGUACGCGCAUCCCUUCGAACAUCUCGUGGCAAACGUACUCCCAAUCUCACUGCCGCCACAGCUACUAGGAAGCCAUAUCCUUACCUUCUGGAUAUUCCUCGCAUAUGAGCUUUUUGAGACUGCGACGGUGCAUAGUGGAUACGAUUUCUUCUACAGCCUUGCGAGGACGCAUGAUUUGCAUCAUGAGAAGUUUAAUUUGAAUUAUGGGACUAUUGGGUUGUUGGAUUGGUUUCAUGGGACGGAUAGAUUGAAGGCUAAGAAGAGAGUGGAUUAG